UCUCAAAGUUAUUAAUUUUACCUUUCAAUUUGAACGAAGUGACCAAAUUAAAACUGAAUUUAAGGUGUAGAGUCUAAAUUAUUUAAUUUAAAUUAAAAAAUAAAAAUGAAAUUUAAAUCAAUAAAUUAAAAAUGUAAUUUCCCCUAAUACUAAUUAAGAAAGUUGUUGGUGGAAUGAUGGUGGAAAUAGUGGUGAUCACGACAUGAUAAUUCCAUUCUUGGGAACUCAAGCAUGGAUUAGAGCUCUCAAUUAUUCCAUUGUUGAUGAGUGGCGUUCAUGGUGGGUCCAAGGCCAAGUUGCGGGUUAUACAAGGACUUAUUCAAAUCGGAUGACAUUUGCUACGGUCAAGGGAGCAGGACAUACGGCUCUAGAGUACAAGCCUACUGAAUGUUAUACUAUGUUAGAAAGAUGGAUUUCUAAUCAACCUCUAUGAUCAAUCUUUAUCUUAUCCAAAUAGGUGUGCCAAAACCCAAAAGUAUGAUCACUUUGAUGCUGCCAAAACUCUAAUAUGAGACAUGGUCUUGUCAAUUGAUACAGUUAUUUUUAUACGAACAACUUUUUUUAAGGAUGCAGUGUUUGUUAUUUUUCUAUGACAAAGUGAUCACUAGCUUCUGGUGGAUCUAGAAAUAAAAUAAGGUACUCAAGUUAGAGGUCUACAUUUAAUGUGACCUAUCUAUUCACUACAUCGCCACUAGUCGCCACCCUCGGUCCCCAAUGACUUUUCUGACUAAUUUUAUGGCCAUGACAAUUUUUUAACGCUUGUUCUUAUCAACAAAACUGUUACUAAGCUUGGGUUUCAUCCUUGUAAUAGUGUGAGCCAAGUAAAAUAUCCGCACAAUCUACAAACAAGAC